UGACGCCACUGUCAUCCGAGUGACGAAGUUGUCCAUCGCAGUCAACUCACACGAAGGACACGCCCACGGCGACCAGCUGGGACGGCAUGCCCCAGGACCUGCCGGCCGAAGUGGUGGCGCUGGUCGAACGCCUGCUGAAGGAAGCCGAAAGCAAACAAGACUUGGACGCCCGGGAGACCGAGAAGGGACCCCGGUUGACCUCGUCGUCCUCGGGAGGUGGCAACGCUACCACCGGCACUGUCACGGCGCAAGUAACCAGCAGUCAGGUGACCUUCAUGAUCUGGGACUUCGACGGCCUGCCCAGGCACUUUAUCACCCACCAGGCAUUCUACUCAUCUCACGGCAUCUACCUACUCCUCUUCGACCUGACCAGGGACCUGAACGAGCCAAUUCACAUCCCGGACCAGACUCGUGGAAUGGAGGACCCGGGUACACCGCUGUCCACCAUCGACUACGUGCAUCAGUGGCUCACCUCGAUCCACGUGUCGGCGGCGAGGACGCACCAGGACGGAGACUACGGGGCCGCCAAGGACGUGGAGGACGUGGACACGUCACAACUCCUGCCCACCGUCAUCCUCGUGGGCACUCACCGGUCCAGGCUCCGAGGAAACGCCCAGGCCAGGAAUAACACGAUCUCGGAGAAGUUCACGCAGCUGCGAGACACCCUGCGCAGCAAGGCGUACGGUCGCCACGUGCUGCCCAUGUACUUCGCCGUCGACAGCUGCGCGGAGCCGUCGCCGCUGUCUCCGCCACCGGCCACCACGACGGAGUCCGGCGGCGACUACGGCGGCGGCGGCGACGACCCCGAGGAGGCCCUGGAGGCCCUCCGCCGCAAGGUGGAGCACGUGGCGGCCCGCAUGGACUGCGUGGGCCACGAGGUGCCGCUGCGGUGGCUCGCCUUCGAGAGGGCGCUCGCGAGGUUGCUCGAAAACGGCGUGUACUUCGCGAGCCUGUACCAGCUGGAGGAGAUCGGCCGCCAGGAAGGAAUCGACAGCGAAGAGGGCUUCCACUCGGUCGUGCACUUCCUGCACCAGCAGGGGAAGCUCGUGUGCUUCGGCUGCCAGCACCGGGGCACCGGGGUCGGCGCACUCGACAGUCGCUGGGACGGCAUCGUCAUCCUCAGGCCGCAGUGGUUCCUCGACGCCCUCUACAAGCUGGUCGGCUCGGCACCGCAGAAGCAGACCUGCUGGGAGGACGUCCCCAAGGGCAAGAAAGAGCCGGCCAGCUACAGGAUAAGCUACAAGCAGCUCAGGUCACUGUGGAGCAACUCUACCGACCAGCUGGAAACGCUGGUGGCCGUACUCAGUUCCCUGGAUUUCCUGGUGGCGCACUACGAACGAAUUCCGUCGGAAAUGUCUCUCGGCGAUGAAGAAGAGGCCUUCUGCGUCGUGCCUUGGUUGACGACCUCGCUACAGACGAGGUCGAUGGCCUUGGGAAACUCUCCAAGCAGUGAUGCGCUCGUGUUCUUCAUCGACUUCGCAGGACUUCUACCAGUGGGAUUCUUCACGCGCCUGGUGGUGCGCCUACUGCGCUGGUGCGACUGGCGCGAGGCGACCUUCGUCAACGGCUUCGCCACCAUACCUUUGGACCGCGACAACGACCUGCUGCUCAAGCUGCACCAGACGGCGCCCAGCCAGAACCGAGGAAGGAUCCAGGUGGUCAUACAGAGGACGAGUACGAUGGAGAACUGGAUGGGCGGCAUCCCUCAACCGAGCAUCUGCGAAAAGGUGGUUCACCUGAUCGAGGCCGAGAUCGAGGCCCUCCGGGAGCUGUGGUACACCCGGCUCUGCUUCAAGUGCUUCGUCACGUGUCCCUGCAAGUCGUUGCCGUGCGCACUGCACUCGUCCAAGGACUGCCAGGACCAGAACUGCCUGCACUUCUUGCCUCUCGACGAAUGCCUGCACAGAAAGGUGGUGUACUGCGACUACAGGCGAGUCCAAACUGAGUUCGUGAGGCGGCACUUCCCUUACGCAUCGUUCCACGGAAUGAGAGGAUACAGCGCAGGUAUGCAGCGAGCUUCGAGCGCCACCGCGGUGUGGGACCCGGACCAGCCGCCGCUGGGGUUCUCGGCCUUCGGCUGGGAGGAACGGUUCGGGCCCUGGGAGGAGCCUCCCUGGCUGCGGGACGCCGCCAAGCUGCUCGAGUCCGGAAACACGGGACGUGACUGGCUCGCCCUCGCGAAGAGGCUGGGCUACACGGACAAGGAGCUGAGUCGCUUCGUGGAGGAGACGAGUCCGGGCGUGGCGCUGCUCCGCGACUGGCGCGAGAGCAACGGGGCGACGCGGUACUGCAUCGACGUGCUCAUCUCGUGCUUGCAGCAGAUCAGCCGGCACGACGUCGCCAGGCUCAUACAGGAAGAGAUGGAGCCCGAAUCACUGGCGCCGCCGGUGUUCAUCAGCUACCAGUGGGACGCCCAGGAGGUGGUGCUAAACAUCCGCCAGCACCUCGAGUUCUCGGGAUUCCCCUGCUGGAUGGACGUGGGACAAGUGGGCGGCGGAGACUCGCUCUACGGAAAGAUCUACGAGGGCAUCAGCAGGGCGAAGGUGGUGCUGUGCUGCCUGACUCCGCGGUACGCCUCGUCGUCGGCGUGCGCCCGCGAGCUGAGCCUGGCCGACGUGCUGCGAAAGCCCAUCGUGCCCGUCAUGGUGGAGCCGACGCCCUGGCCCCCGCCGGGUCCCCUGGCCGUGGUGCUCAGCGCGCUCGUCUACGUCGACCUGUGCGGCAUCGGCGGCCACGGCGGCAGCGGCCGACGCGCCGACUGGGAGAUGCGCUUCCAGGAGAUCGUGGCGCGCGUGGCCCAGUUCCUGGCGCCGCCCGCCAGCGCGCCCAGGCCACACUCGAACAAGCACAGGGCCGCCGCCGCCACGCUCGCGCCGCUGCUCGCGCAGCACGCGACCGUGACUGGCCCCGCCGCCAGCGCCAACGCCGCCUCGUCGACCAACGCCGCCAGGGCGGCGACACCGUCACCCAGGGCCAGCUUCAGCCAGGCCAAUCCGGUCCGGAACGACGACGAACGGGAACUACAGUCCGCCGCAUCCGUCCCAAUGGACGACGACCGAGAGUCCGACGCCAGUAAUCCGGGAUCGCCACAGUCCUGGGACCGACCGAACCGAGUGAUCAACCGAGUUGUUCGUUGCUCGAUCUGCGUCAUCAUCUGACACGGGCGUCACGCCUGUUGAGACUGUUUAAACGUAUUGUGUACAUAAAUAUUUGUUGCCACGGCUUGUCAUACACA